AUGCCACCAUCAGCCGCCGCUACCGGUGAUGACGACGAAGACAACGAGCCUCUCUCUUCCAAUCCUCCUCUCGCUGAAAUCUCGGAUUCCGAUAUGGAUAUCGAUAAGGAUGAUGAAGAAAAAGAAGAGGAUCCUGAAGAAGAAGUCGGUGCUGGUGAAAAUGACGACGACGACGAGAUAGAAGUAGAAGAAGAAGUUGAAGUGGAGAAAGUUAAUCAGAGAUGUAACGAUAAUAGAAAACUUAAGGAGUUUGACAGGCAACUGGUAUCACAUUCUGCACAUGAGAUAUCUGAACUGAAGGAAGAUAGUGUCAGUAAUUUCAAAUGUUCUGGUCCUUCAGAUGGACCAUUAACGAUGCAGAAGGGCAAGUCAUAUGCGAAUUAUGCAGAUUCUAGGUCCCCAAAAUCAAGUAAACAUUUGAUUAUUUCUCAGAAAAAUGGAAGUUUCGAAUAUGCAGUCAACAAAACAGAUGCUGAGGCUCUUAUGAUAAAGAAGAACCCGGAAGGAUGCAGUGAAGCCUAUGGCAAUAGCAAGUCUCAUUUAAGUAAUAAUGAAGCUAUAGCUGUUGAGAUCACUGAGUCAUUUAUAACCACAGGCAUAGAGGAGGAUGCUCUCUUAACUAAGAGAAACUGCUUGGUUGAGAAGGCUAAUGUUGUCCUGGAUUCCAAGGAAGAACUUAAGCCAGUGGAUGUGAAGUCAGAGGAUCCUAAAGAGCAAACAGCAUUGAGAUUGGUGGCUUCUGGGAUAAGGGCAAGAAGUUUAUCCCCUUCUACCGAGCUUAGGGAUGGAAACAAACGCCCAGCAGUAAUUUGUGACUUUUUUUCCAAAGGGUGGUGUGUUAGAGGGAGUUCGUGUAGGUUCCUACACAUAACCAACAAAGCAGAUAAUAAUAACCAACAGCCAGGGGUAGAAGAGGUUGCUACACGAGAAGACCAGUUUGAUGAAGGUGUGAGAAACAUUUUAGAGACACCGAAGUUCCCUCAUUUUCCUUACCCAGUUGCUUCUUCAACAGGAAAAGAAGCAACAUUUUCUUCUCAUUUUUAUUCAGAAAGACUCCCAUCACGAGAACACAAAGAAAACCAAAGGUUUCAUCAGUUCGAUGAUAAACACAAGUUCUCACCUCUACAAAGAGAGGGCAUUCCUCCCGAUGCCAAGCAGUUUUCUUCCUCCAAAGAUGAUCCUGGGUUUUCUUCCUCAUUUAAGCAUUUAGGAAUAGAGAAUUUUAGACAACAUUGGCCUGUGCCUGAUUAUGGCAACUACACUUCUCUAAUUAAUAGAGGAUCACCGUUUUCUUUUAGUUCCUCUUUUGAUACAAGUCUGCUUGGUUCUCAAAAACUGCUGGAUGGUGAUCGUGCUUCUAGAUCUUCUUUGUUACUGCAAACGGCUUCUGCUUUCUCUGGUUCUGAGCGAGAAAAGUUUUCUCCAGUUGGUGUAUCUGGGGAUCGAUUGCAUCAUGCAGAACAUAAAGCGGAAAUUUCCUCAAAUGACUGGGAGCCAUCUUACGACCCUCUUCAAGAUAGCUUUGACUUGCCCAAUAUAGGAGACAAAUCCUUCAAAUUCUCUUUCUUUAGUCUAGGAGGAUCUAUCUCAAAUAUGUCGCAGCAACCAAUAUAUGGAGAUUCCUUAUCAAGUCGGACCUUUGGCACCGAAAGUAAUGGUGACAAAAGUACUACAUCUUUUCGUGAUAAACUCCAUGGAGGUCUGUUGGAUAAGAAUUGUAGUACACCCGGAAAAGAUUCAUUUACCACUGCAACUGUGACAGGGGGGACUGGUACUGCUGAUGGGGAAAAUGGGAAUGCACCCAAGGAAGAAAGUGCCUCAGGCACUGGUUAUGACAAAGAUAGUCGAAUUACAAAGAAAAUUGAUGCUCGUGAUGGUAGGCCUCACAGAGAUAGGUCAAGACACAAAAAGGACUUGAAGGCAGAUAGUGUUAGACAAAACAAUGAAAUGGAGGUUGACCAAAAGAUAGAUGGGGAUGGGCAAAAAGAAUCAAAAGUGCUGAGACAUUUUCGUUCUGCUCUUAUUGAUUUUGUUAAAGAAUUGUUGAAACCUAUCUGGCGUGAGGGUCAUCUCAGCAAGGAUGCACAUAACACAAUAGUUAAAAAGACAGUUGAGAAGGUUAUUCGCACCUUGCAGCCUCAUCAAAUUCCAGCUACUCUAGAGUCAAUUAAGCAAUAUCUUUCUUCAUCUCAGCCAAAAAUGGCAAAGCUUGUUGAGGGAUAUGUUUCCAAUCUUUAUGAGGCUUAUUUAGCAGUAGUUAAAACUGAGAUUCAGAUUCCUGUCUUUAUGAAUGAUAUGUGCAUCUUGCUUUUCUCUGCUAUUGAAAUCGUAUAUGGAGAUGUUUAUGCAGUGAGUGGGCUUGUGAGCAUGGCAUUCCCUGCAUGGGCUUGUAGUUGUAGACCUGUAUUGGAGAUUGACGUUUCUGCAGGGCGAUCCUUAUUUGAACUAUGA